UCCGCUUUCCUUGAACACUUUACUACUCCCUUUCUCAUUGUGUGCGGUUUUGCUUUAGAGUGUGGGAGAGGAGAGAGGCGAAGCUUGGAGAAGUGAGCAAUGGGAGAGGGGAAGAGCUCGACGCUCGUCCACAUACUGGUGGUGGUUCUUAGCCUCACAGCCUUUGGCUUCGCUAUCGCCGCCGAACGGCGUCGGAGCACUGGAAAGGUAAUCACUGAUAUUUCAAACCAUAAUAUAACCUACUGCAUUUAUGAUUCGGAUAUCGCAACGGGUUAUGGAGUAGGAGCUUUCUUGUUCCUCUUCUCCACCCAAGCUCUUCUCAUGGUUGUCACAAAGUGCAUGUGCUUCGGCCGACCAUUGGCCCCUGGUAGUAACAGAGCUUGGACCAUUAUUUAUUUUGCUUCUUCAUGUAAGUUCUACAAAAACUCUGGCAGGCUAACUUUUCUGAUAGCUGAAUCUUGUCUGAUUGCUGGAGCGAGAAAUAACGCCUAUCACACGAAGUACAGGCAUGUGAUCUAUGUUCAAAACUGGACUUGUUCUUCUCUGCGAAAAGGAGUCUUCAUAGCAGGAGCAGUUUUUGUGGUUUUCACAAUGAUACUAAACGUGUAUUAUUACAUGUAUUUUGCAAAGGUGAUGAAUCAGUCUGCUCGGAAAACAGAUCGUGUGAGUUCGAGCAUUGGAAUAACCGGUUACAAAUGAACUCAACCCAAUCAAUAUAGUGUAAGACCUUAAAAAGGUAUUGCAACCUAUAACAAUAUUAUGUCAUAGUUUCCUGUCAUGUAUGGUUUUAGAGUUUGGAAGGUUAAUGCUAGUUUUUUUUUAUACUAUAGAUUUCUAAUGUUUUGCAAUAAAUCUCUUUAGAAUGAACUUUUUUCCAUUAUAUCAAUUACUUUGUAAUUUUAUCAAUUUUUACUAUUUCCUUAUUACUUAA